GCUUCUGGGAAUUACUUCAUCUCCCACUGAACUCCCUACCCAUAACUAUCAGUUGGCAACCUGGUUUCUUUCGUCAUGUCCCACAAUCUAUCGUAUUUCUUAUCACUUGCAUUCAUUGGGAUAACUUUAUCAGCUGUUUCGAAGCCGCCACAGGAUGCGAAGCGUCCUCGUGUUGCAGAUGACGACUUGAGCAAAGCUCCGCAUGAGAUUCAUGGUGUGCACAAUCCUAAAUAUGACCAAGAUGCUCUGUUCGGAGAAGACGCUAAGCGAUUUGAUGAUAUGACUCCCGAACAAGGACUGGAACAUCUGGGAAACAUCUUUGACAAGAUCGAUCAGGAUCAUGACGGAUAUGUUACACCUGACGAGUUGAGGGACUGGUUGAAAAAGGUUCAUCAACAUGUGAAUGUUGCUGACGCCAAACGAAACUGGGAAAGAUAUAACCUAUCAUCUACGGACAUGUUAUCUUGGGACACGUUCGUCCGCCACACUGGAGACGAUGAGGACUACGAAGACGAUGAAGGUACUCGCAGCUCCUACCUUGCGCGAGACAGGCGCCGCUGGGAUGUCGCAGACACCAAUGGAGAUGGUCUGUUGAGUCACGAAGAGGCGGCCUCGUUUUUCAACCCGGAAUCGGACCCUAGAAUGCACUCUACUAUUGCCAAAGAAACAAUCGAAGAGCUGGAUAAAAACAACAACUCUGCAAUUGAUUUGGAUGAAUUCAUUGCCGACCUCUGGAAGCCCGUCCCAGGUGAGCCGGAACCAGAUUGGGUAGCGAGCGAGCGACAGGACUUCAUCGAACGACGGGACAUCGACCACGAUGGUUUACUGAAUGAAGAAGAGGUCAGAAAUUGGUUAUUCCCUGAGGACUAUGAUCGCAGUGAAGCAGAAGUGCAGCACUUAAUGUCCGAAUGUGAUGUCGACCGGGACGGUCAAUUGACGAAAGCCGAAAUCCAAGCGAGAUACGAUCUUCUCGUCGGAAGUGCAGUCACCAAUUAUGGGGAAAUAUUGUCGGAUCACGAUGAAUUAUAGCGCAACUCAUUUUUUCUAUUUCUCUGGUCCACCGCCACUUUUAUGCGUGGCCUGCAUCACCAGCAAUAUAGGUACCAUUUUCACAAUUCACCGAUCUAACUUCUCUUAUUUUUUUCUACGCGCCGACUGCACUCUCCUCUGUCCUCACGAGCUUCUUCUAGUCGGUUGCGUGUUACGUACCCGUUAUAUUUGUUGUACAUUUUCUUGUAUCUCCUUUCGCAUGCAAUUGGUUUUCGCUGUCCGUCUGUUACCCUCCUUCCCAAUUUGACAUAUUCCAUCAUUUAGUCGGAUAAUGAAGACUCAAAUUACAAGAAUAAUGCUUGCUCUCCACUCAGUAUUAUUGACAUGCCAUUUUGUGCGCAUUCGUCGGCUUACUUGGAGAAAAUUCUGAUUCCAGCUACCCUGCCACUCAACUGACGGAAUUACUAUGCAAUCUUUGUUCUUCACUAGGUUCUCUAUUCCGCACUUAUUUUGACUUGCGUCUUACGCAAAAUACUUCAAUUACCACGCAAAACCUGACGCUUUUCCCAUGAUUUUACGGGCAAGCAGGUGGCUUUUAGCACUCCGGCGAUAAAUACAGUUUCUGCUCAGCAUCA